CCCGGGCCGCGCGCCGGUCCCGCCCCUGGCGUAGGGCGGCCGUCCGGGGUAGGCCGCAUGGGGGAGGCCGCGGCAGACGCGAACGAGUCGGCCGGGGGUCUGAGCCCCGCGGGGUCGCGGGGGCAGGAAGCCUGCCUGCAGGCGGAAGCGGCGCAGCUGCUACCCUUCCUGGCUCCCGAGGCGCGGGCAGACCUGCAGGCAAAGGCGGCGCGGCACGUGCUGGCGCUGACCGGCUCGGGGCAGGGUCGUGCGCUGCUGGCCGGCCAGGCGACGCUGCUGCGGGCGCUGGUCGAGCUGGCGGCCGCCUCGGCGCCGGCUGCGGCCCGCGACGCCGCCCGUGCGCUAGUCAACCUGGCCGCCGACCCCGGCCUGCACGAGCCGCUGCUGGCGACCGAGUCCGGGCUGCCUGCCCGCCUGCUGGAACUCGCGUUGGACCCACAGUGGCCCUGGGCCGAGGAGGCGGCCGCCGUGCUGGCCAAUCUCACCCGCGAGCCGACGCCGUGUGCCGCGCUGAUGGCUGCGCUGGCCGCGGAGCCGGGGGACCCCAGCCUGGAGCGGCUGGUGCGCGCGCUCUGCACGCCUGGCUACAAUGCCCGCGCGCCCCUGCACUACCUGGGGCCGGUGCUCUCCAACCUCAGCCAGCGUCCCGCGGCGCGCGCCUUCCUGCUGGAUCCAGACAGGUGCGUGGUCCAGCGGCUGCUGCCCCUUACUCAAUACCCAGACUCCUCGGUGCGCAGGGGCGGGGUGGUGGGAACGCUGCGAAACUGCUGCUUCGAGCACCGCCACCACCAAUGGUUGCUUGGGCCCGAAGUGGACAUUCUUCCCUUCUUGCUCCUGCCUCUGGCUGGGCCUGAGGACUUCCCUGAGGAGGAGAUGGAGUGGCUGCCUGCUGACCUGCAGUACCUGCCACGAGACAAGCAGCGAGAGCCUGACGCCAACAUCCGGAGGAUGCUCAUCGAGGCCAUCAUGCUGCUGACCGCCACGGCACCUGGCCGGCAGCAGGUGAGGGGCCAGGGAGCCUACCUGAUCCUGCGCGAGCUGCACAGCUGGGAGCCAGAGCCUGACGUUCGGGUGGCUUGUGAGAAACUCAUCCAGGUGCUUAUUGGGGAUGAGCCGGAGCACGGCAUGGAAAACCUGCUGGAGGUGCAGGUGCCUGAAGAUGUGGAGCAGCAGCUACAGCAGCUGGACCGCCGGGAGCAGGAGCAGUGCGAACGGAAACAGCAGGAGCAGGAGCUGGUGCCAGAGCCACAGGCAGAGGGGCUGCACCCACCCGAGGGCCCUGCCGCCUGCCACUCGCUCCAGGCCCACCUUAGCUAGCUCAUCCGUCCAGGCCUCUGAAACCAGGCCUUCCUGCAGCCACCUGCAGGCCUCUGGGUUGCCUUGCUUGGAGGCUGUGCGCUGCUGAAAAGCAGAACUGCACUGAAGCUCCACGCUUAUGCUGAGGGCUCUAGGGUGGAUACCUGACAAGCAUUGGAGGGUCAGGAGCACCUCCCUGUGUCGUUGCUUCCAGCAAGAAUGCCAGCUGCUCAGAGGAAGGUUGUUCAACCAGAGCUGGCCGGGCCCUGACUCUCACCCCUCCCGGAAGAUGGCAGGUGGGGCUGACAGAAAAACUCUGCAAGCCUGAGAGGCCAGCCCAAGCUUCCCAGUCCCAAGGAUGUUACAGGGCUCUGAGCAUAGGUGGGCACCCAUGUGAAAGCAGUGCCCUUGUUGCCAGUCCCACCCCAGGUCCCUUCAUCCUGGGGCCCUCAGCUUGUCCUGCUUGAGACCCAGCCUCAAAGGGCUGACCUGAUGCUUUCACCAGCCACAGCUUGUUGUGGGGCCUCCUAGUGCCUCCCCUAUCCUUGGAGCACUUUCUAGAUGCUGCCAUUCCUUCUUCACCUUCCUGCUUGACCUGUACUCCAGCUCUGCUGUCAGCCCCUUGCCAGCUCCUCAAGUCCUGCUUUCCAGCCCUGGGCUAACCCGAUGCCCUAGGUUCCCCUUGCCAGCUAGGCCCUCUUCUCUGGUCACUUUCCUGAGCCCCAGCACCUCAGAGCUUCUUGCCUACCACACUGAGAGCCUGCCCGCUGGCUCUGCCAUCUUGCCCUUUUUGAAGCUGUUCCCCAGUCUACCCUCUGCACCCUGGAGCCCACUGUUGGCCCAAGAACCUGGUGAUCCCCCGGCUCCGUGCUUGGUCCCCGCAGUUCCCUGUGGCCCUCACCACAUUGCUCCCUUCCUGGGCCUUCCACCGGACCCAUUGCCACCCUUUGCACAGCCCCCAGUCCCGUCCCUCCCAGGUCCCCUGCACCCAGGGCGGGCUGCAGUUUGCCUCCUCAGGAGCUCGCGCAUCCCUACUCAGUCCUGGAACUGCCUCCAAAGCUGGAGGUCGGCUCCACUUGUGCUUACCCAUUGAGGCCAGGUGCUCUGUUGGUAUCACCCUCCUCUGCAGGAUGACACCUCUGAGGGCAUGGACUCCUCUGCAGUCCCCUCUGUUCCCCCUGCCCAACUAAAGCUCUGGUGUGGAGGUA